AUGGUGGGUUGGUUGUGGGGUGCGUGGUGGGGUUGGAUGUGUGAGGUUGUGCUGGUUGGUUGGGGUGGUUGUGGGUGGGUGUAUGUGUUGGGGUGGGGUUUGGUGUGGUUUGUGGUGGUUGGGUUGGUGGGUGGUUGGGGGGUUGUUGUGCUUGGGGUGGUUGGAGUUGUGUUUGUGGGUGGGGGUGGGAGUGUGGUGGGUGGUGUGUUGUUUGGUGGGGUUUGGUUGUGGUUGUGGGGUGUGGGGGUGGGGUUUGGGUGUGUUUGUGAGUGUGUGUGUGUGAUGGGGGGGGAGGUGGGGGGGUUGGUGGUGGUUUUAGGUUGGGGCGGGUGUGUGGGGUGGGGUGGGGGUGGUGUCGGUGUGGGUGUUAGUUUGGUUGUGGUGGGGUUGGUGGGUGUGGUUGGUUUGUUCGUGGUGCGGGGUCGGUGGUUGGGUGGUGGUUGGUUGGGGUUGGUUAGUGUUAGGAGGGGGGGUUGUGGGUGGUGGUGGUGGUGUGGUUGGUUGUGGUGUGGUGGUGUUGGGUGGGUGGUUGAGGGGGGUGUGUUGGGGUUUAGUGCUGUGUGGGGUGUUGGCUGGGCAGUGUGGUGUAUGUGUGGGAGUGGGGGGGGGGGUGUUAGGUGGGUGGGGUGUGUGGUUGUUUGUGGGGUCUGGGGGGGGGUGUGGAUGGAUUGGUGGUGGGAUGGGGGGGGGGAGUGGUUUGGGGUGCUGUGGUGUUGGAGUUGUGUGGUCGUGGUUUGGGGGGGGGUGUGGGGUGGGGGUUGGUGUGGUUGUCGGAGGGUGGAAGUGAGGGGUUUGGGCGGUGGUGCUUUUGGCUGGGGGUUUGCGGUUUGGGGGGAGAUGUGUGUGGUUGGUGUGGUUGGUGGGUGGUGGUGUGGGUGGGUGGGUGUGGGGGGUUUUGGUUUGGGGGAUUGUUUGUUGGUUUUGGGGUGGGGUGUUGGAAGGUUUGGUUUUGGGGUGGUUGGGUGGAAGUGGUGUAAGAGGGGGGCGGGUUGUUGUGCUGAUGUGGGUGUUGUGGGUGGGGUGGUGGGUUAUGGAUGUAAGAGUGGGUGGGGGUUGGGAGUGUGGAGUGGUUGUUGGAGGUGGGUGGUGGAUGUUGUUUGUUGGAGAGUGGUGGGUGGUGGUGUUUUGGGUUGGGUGGUGAGUGUUGUGUGGGGGUGUGUGCUUGGGGUGGGGGUGUUUGGAGAGUGGUUUUGUAGGGGUGGCCUGUGUUGUGUGGGGUUUGGGAUCGGUGGGUUUGGUGUUGUGGGGUUGGAUUUGGGGUGGGGUGAUGGUGAGCGAGUGUGGGGUGGUUGUGUGUGUUUGUGUCUGUGGGUGGAUGUGGUCGUGUGUCUGAGGUUUGUGGUGUGGGUGGGGGGUGUGUGUGUUGUGUUGGGGGUAGUGUGGUCGUGUGGGCGAGGUGGGGGGGGGGGGGUUGUGGGUUGUGUGGGGAGGGUUGUGAGUUGUGAGUUGUUUGGGUUGUGGUGUUUUUCGGGGGGGUGUUGUGGGGUGGGCUGUUUGUGUGUUGGCGUUUGGGUGGUUGGACGGGUGGGUGGGGGUCGUGGUGGUGGGGUGUGUAGAUGGGUUGGUGUUGGUGUGGUGGUAGGUUUGGUGUUGUGUUGUUGGGUGGUGUGGGCGGGUGUCGUUGGGUGCGAGGUGUGGGGUGAUGGGGGGGGUGUGUUGUUUGGUGGUGUGGUGGUGGUGUUUGUGGGGGUAGGGGUUGGUGUAGGAUGGUUUUGGUGGUUGUGGGGGGUUGAGGUGGUGGAAGUGCUGGUGUGGGGUGGGGUUGUUGGGUGGUUGUGGGAUGGUCGAAUUUGGGUGUGGUCGGUUGUUGGGAAUGGGGGGGAGGAGUCGGAUUGGUGA